UACAAAGAUGAGCUACUCGACGUAUUGUUCCGCAGAUGUGGGAGGAAGGAGAGGAGGCGGGGACGCCUGGAAGCCAAGAGAGGCUGAAAAAUGAGGAUUACGGCGCUUUGAGGGACGUCCUUUAGCGUUCACGUCUUAUCGGCCCGAGCGUCUCAGCUGCUGCGCACACGCCACCUUUCCACCGCCGCGGGGUAGCCAUGGCGACCAGCGCCGUGCCAAGUGACAACCUGCCGACGUACAAGCUGGUGGUGGUGGGAGACGGCGGUGUCGGGAAGAGUGCGCUCACCAUCCAGUUUUUCCAGAAGAUCUUCGUGCCGGACUACGACCCCACCAUAGAGGACUCGUACCUCAAACACACAGAGAUAGACGCGCAGUGGGCCAUACUGGACGUGCUGGACACAGCAGGCCAGGAGGAGUUCAGCGCCAUGAGGGAGCAGUACAUGAGGACGGGGGACGGCUUCCUCAUCGUCUUCUCUGUCACCGACAAGGCCAGCUUUGAACACGUUGACCGCUUCCAUCAACUCAUACUGCGAGUCAAAGACAGGGAGGCCUUUCCUAUGGUCCUGGUGGCAAACAAAGUGGACCUGGUCCACUUGAGAAAGAUCACCACAGACCAGGGCCAAGAAAUGGCUGCGAAACAUAAUAUAACUUAUAUCGAAACCAGCGCCAAGGAUCCUCCGAUGAACGUGGACAAGGCCUUUCACGAGCUGGUCCGUGUUAUCAGGCAACAAGUCCCAGAGAAGAACCAGAAGAAAAAGAAGAAGAUGAAAUGGAGGGCAGAACGUUCCACAGGUUCCCACAGGCUGCGUUGUGUCAUAUUGUGACCUCCUUCCUCAUUACCACAUCACACACACACACACACGCACACACACACACAUAUUAUGGGAUGUCAGGGAACUCGUCAGCAGUCCGUGACGACUGGAGCACAAGACGUUUUGUGGAUCAACAGGAGGAGCUUAUCCUCAUUUUCCCAUGAAUAUUAUGAAUGUUGAUUUGCUGCAGACUCUGCGGAGAUGAAGACGACCAAUUUACGACAAAAAAAAAAAGAAGGGAAGGAUGCGCGCCCUCCCGCCACCAGGGGGCAGCGCCUGUGCUUUUUAGCGGGCAGACCGAGGCCUGGUCACAUGAUCGGAGGACCGCACAAAGACGUAAGAAGCUUUUGUUUUCAUAUCAGCUGUUUUUUGUACGACAUCCAUGCACGAUUCCAAUGAUCGUACUCACUGGAGUAUUGGGGUCACACGCAAACUAAAGUCCUAACGUGUAUUAUUCGAUGAUUAAUUACCGUAUUUUUCGGACAAUAAGUCGCAGUUUUAGACAUAAACUACGGAACGACUUAUGUGUGAAAUUUUUAACACGUUACCGUAAAAUAUCAAAAUCCGUAUUUCCUCGAAUUGCCACCGGGGCGCUUAUUAAUUUGAAACCUCUUCUCACUACGGCGCUUACCAAAGGCAUGCGGUAAAUUUAGGCCUGCGCUUAUAAAUUUGAGUGUGAUGUAAGGAUACCAUCAUGAAAAGCACAUUUAAUAAAAAAAAACGUUAUUAUGGUCUUACCUUUACUUAUAAAUGAAGUCCAUGAAUUGAUUAACGUGGACCCCGACUUAAACAAGUUGAAAAUCUUAUUGGGGUGUUACCAUUUAGUGGUCAAUUGUGCGGAAUAUGUACUGUACUGUGCAAUCUACUAAUAAAAGUAUCAAUCAAUCAAUCAAACCAUGCGCAGCUCCUUCUGAUCAAAAGCAUCGAUAACUUGUUUAUAGAAGUCUUCCUUAUCUUUCUUCAGUUUUAAAAGUCUCUCUGUCUCCAUGGAGAUCUUCCUUUAUUACCUCCUGCUUCGAUUGAAAGUCCAGUUUAGAAAACUGCUUUAUUUUAGAUAUGUAAUCCUCCAUGUUAAAAGUGCAAGCGAGAGGAAAAAAUAAACGAUCGCUGCUUGUUGUCACUUCUUCUGCAGCCGAGUUGUCGCAAGAAGGAUCACUAGCGGGGCGGCAUGGCGUAGUGGGUAGAGCGGCCGUGCCAGAAACCUGAGGGUUGCAGGUUCGCUUCCCACCUAUUGACAUCCAAAUCGCUGCCGUUGUGUCCUUGGGCAGGACACUUCACCCUUUGCCCCCGAUGCCGCUCACACUGGUGAAUGAAUGAUGAAUGAAUGAUUGGUGGUGGUCGGAGGGGCCGUAGGCGCAAACUGGCAGCCACGCUUCUGUCAGUCUACCCCAGCUGUGGCUACAAAUGUAGCUUACCACCACCAGGUGUGAAUGAAUGAUGGGUUCCCACUUCUCUGUGAGCGCUUUGAGUAUCUAACAAUAGAAAAGUGCAAUAUAAAUCUAAUCCAUUAUUAUUAUUAUUAUAGCGCCCUCUACCACCAGGAGGCGGGAGUCAUUUAAUGACUCAUAUUUGACACACGCAGCUACGGUAUAUUAAUAAAACAUAGCUGCUUACUGUUCUUUUUAGCAUAUUCAAUAGCUUGGACCUUAAAUCCUACUGAAUAGCUCUUAAUCUUCUUCCCUUUAUGCGAUUUCAAUUGAUUGAAAUCAGCCUCCUCCAUUUUGAAAAUGAUGACAGGGGAAGUGUCACUUGUGACGUGACAAGUUUGACCCGGUGGAAAUUCUAGACAUGCGCUAAUAAAAAUGAUAUUUUGCGAAACGAGUUAUUCUAGGCAGGCGCAUACUAUAUACCCGGCGGCAAUUCAAGGAAAUCCGGUAAUAUAUUUAUCUCAUUCGCGGAAGAGACGAAGAAAAUGUCAGCAAUCGUCACACACACGUCAAUCAUUAAGACUUCGGCGGGGGAGGGUCAUGGCAGAAGUGCAUUGUGGGUAAUGGAAUGCUAACUGCUAUAUGCUACUGCCGUAGCUAUUAAAAUGGAUCAUUUCAUCGUUGGCGGUAACUUAUAAAAAAUGAGAAGGGCUGAACAAAAAUGGCACCGAAAAGGAGAUCAUGUACUGCAGAUUACAAGCUGGAUGUAGUGAAAUAUGCAGCAGAAAAGGACAAGAGGAAGCGGCGCAUACCUUUGGAGUUGGCAGAGUUGUUUAGAAGCGACAUCGAGGAAGAAGAUUUCAUGGGAUUUAUCGAUUAGGAGUGACAGAUUGUUUGGUAAACAAAUAGCAUGUUUUAUAUGUUAUAGUUAUUUGAAUGACUCUUAUCAUAAUAUGUUAGUUAACAUAGCAGGCACCUACUCAGUUGUUAUUUAUGUGUCAUAUAACGUACACUUUACUAUUCUUUAUUUAUUUUAAAUUGCCUUUCAAAUGUCUAUUCUUGGUGUUGGAUUUUAUCAAAUAAAUUUCCCCCCAAAAUGCGA